AUGAAUAAGUUGCGCAGCAACUUGACAUUUAUCUUCUUACGAGUAAUACUAAUUACCAGCACACUUACAGUAUCACAACAAAUGAUGUCUAUUGAUUGUUUUGUGGACGUAUGUAUACAGUUGCGUCAGUUUGAUAUAUCUGCUCGUCUCGCGGCUAUGCGUCCUAAACUUAUCGUCAACGCACCAUCCGUACCACAAAAUUUACAACUCUCGCCCGCGCUUCCUAACAGAGCCUCUUUCGCUCCAUCAGUUUACGACUGCAUGGAUUUUAGAUGUCUUUGCCCAUAUUUUGGAGGUGGUUUGUCCCCGAAUGGAAUUUGCCAUCUACGGAAUGGUCAACCAUUACAACGAGCAGUACGUAAAGAAAUACGUGUGUUAACUGACGAUGAAAGACAUAGAUUUUUCGAAGCAGUUCGACAAUUGAAAGCUUCUGGUGAAUAUGACCGUUUAGCAGUAAUCCAUAAACAAGUACGUGGAGCACAUUCAGGUCCAUCAUUUCUACCCUGGCAUCGAGAAUUUAUGAAAAGAAUGGAAAUUGCAUUGCGUUUAAUUGAUCCAUCGGUUGCGCUACCUUACUGGGAUUCAACACUUGACUAUCAUCUACCUAACCCUCAAGAUUCAAUAAUGUGGAGUUCAUUUUUAAUGGGAGAGACUGAUUCACUGGGAAGAGUUAUCAAUGGACCAUUUGCAGGAUUUACAACUUUAGAAGGUCAACCAGCAAUCACCCGGAGACUUGGAUCAGAAGGACAUCUUUUCACGGAUCAAAAUAUUGCAGAAGUUUUGGCCAAAAAUUCAAUCGAUGGGAUAUUAGCAUAUACGGCACCAACACAAGCUUGUCCAUAUCCACCAAAUUUCUCUGCUUUGGAAUACUAUCAUGCUAGCGUUCAUAUUUGGGUUGGUGGUGAUAUGAAACCUCCUCGAACUUCAGCCAAUGACCCCGUCUUCUAUCUUCAUCAUUCUUUCGUUGAUUACAUUAUGGAACAGUGGCGUCAGAUACAUCAAAAUAGGUUUCAACGUGAACAAGAAUAUCCAGAAGAAAUUACAACUUGCACAACACCACUGCAUUUUGCUAAUGCUAAUAUGCGUCCAUUUAAUCUGAUAAAUCGACAAGGUCUAUCAAAUGCAUAUACGGACUACUUGUAUACAUAUGCGCCACGACCAACUUGCAGUAGACAGCAACGAAACUGUGGAUCAAAAUUUUUAUUUUGUGAUUUCCGAAAUGGAUCUCCACGAUGUGUUACAAAAAUUAAGCUGGGUAAAAGGUGUGCUGAAUUUGGAGGUCAAGAUGCGUGCUAUAUGGGGAUAUGUACGAAUGGUUACUGUACUCAAGUUGUAACUCAACCUGCUGCUGUGACUCAACAUCGACUCAUACCACAACCCACUCGAAAUACGAUCAACCCGAGAAUGGCAACAUCGACGCCGACGUGUUUGAACGACGACCCCUGCUGCAGUUUAUGGGCAGCGCGAAAUGAGUGCAUAAGUAAUGUAGAAUACAUGAGAAUGUACUGCCGUAGAAGUUGUCGAUAUUGCCAAAAUCCAACUAAUGCAUGGCGAGGAUGCUUUGAUCGACAUAUUUCAUGUCCAUAUAUGCGAUUGCAAGGAGAAUGCACUCGAAAACCACAAUGGAUGGCAGAAAAUUGCCAAUAUUCCUGUGGUUGGUGCAACUUGUCGGCUAUGACACUUUGCUUCAGAACAGCUUUGAUGACUAGACGUAGAGCUUAG